UCAAAGCCCACGAAAAACAAACGCAGAGAGAGAGAGAGAGAGAGCUGGGAUGGCGGAGGAGGUGAUGGCGACCAAGAAAGUAAUCUUCAAGGAUUACAUAACGGGUCUCCCGAAAGAGAGCGACAUGGAAAUCGUGACGGCGAACACCGUCCAAUUGAAGGUCCCCGAGGGAUCGACGGCGGUGAUCGUGAAGAACCUCUACCUCUCGUGCGACCCCUAUAUGCGAGCGUGCAUGACGAAGCACGACGAGCCCUCCUACUUCGCCGACUACGUCCCUGGCUCGGUUAUAACUGGUUACGGUGUGGGUAAAGUUUUGGAUUCCAGCCAUCCAGAUUUCAAGGUAGGUGACUUUGUAUGGGGCAUGACCAGAUGGGAAGAGUAUAGCCUCAUUACAGCAACAGAAAAUCUUUUCAAGAUCAAAUAUACGGAUGUACCCCUUUCUUAUUAUACUGGCCUUCUCGGCAUGCCAGGAUUCACAGCUUAUGUGGGAUUUCAUAAGAUCAGCUCACCAAAGAAAGGGGAAUAUGUUUUUGUGUCUGCUGCAUCUGGUGCUGUUGGACAUCUUGUUGGGCAGUUCGCCAAAUUAAUGGGCUGCUACGUGGUUGGAAGUGCUGGCUCUGAUGAAAAGGUCAACUUAUUGAAGAACAAGUUUGGUUUCGAUGAGGCUUUUAACUAUAAGAAGGAGCCUGACCUGAAUGCAGCUUUAAAGAGGUGUUUUCCUGAAGGUAUCGACAUCUACUUCGAGAAUGUUGGUGGUCCGAUGCUGGAUGCUGCUCUUUGCAACAUGAGGAAUCAUGGCAGGAUCACAAUGUGUGGAAUGAUUUCUCAGUACAACCUUGAGAAACCUGAGGGUGUGCACAACUUGUUCUACCUCAUCAGAAACUGUGUCCGGAUGGAAGGCUUCCAUGUAGCUAGUUUCUACCCCCAGUAUCAUCAGUUUGAGGAUUUGAUCGUACAAUAUAUAAAGGAUGGGAAGAUUACCUAUGUGGAAGAUACAGCCGAAGGACUUGAACGUGCUCCUGCAGCACUGGCAGGGCUUUUUACAGGCCGCAAUAUUGGGAAACAGUUGGUUGUUGUUGCUCGUGAAUGACCAACCAUAUCAGUAUCAAAUUACUUCGAACUUUUGGUAGAGUAAUCAUGAAUGACCAACAAUAUCAGUAUCAUAUUACUUUAAACCUUUGGUUAAUAAUUAUCUGCUCCUUUUCAGUAAAUUAUGCAGUCAUUUGCAUAGAGGUCUCAAUCCCUCUGUAAAGGACUUCAAAUCUCAUGUAUUGAAUGUUCAGAUAUCAUCUUCUACUUAUAAAGUUUCUGCUUUUCAUUUAAAA